UACAUACUUCUCCACAUUAUAAAAAUAGUGUUUACACUUAACACGUUUAUCUUCACAACUCUCUCUCUCCCUCUCUCAAUUAAAUAGGAGUAUUACGUUUACACACAAAUAUAUAUAGGGAGUAUGUUUUAUACGCAUAGGGCGAUUUGGUUGAUUGUGUGAUCAAAGGAGAGAGAAAAGUAGGUGUUGCAUUUCUCAUGAACUGUGGAUCAGUCGUGUUGGGCUUCUAUUGCUGGGGUUGGGAGUUUCUAACCGCCCUGCUUCUCUUCUCCGCCGCCCUCCGCCACCACCUCUCCGCCUAACUCUCUAACUAACUAACACACACAUACAUACAUAUAUAAUUAUAAACAAAAUUGUAUAUAUAUUUAUAUCCAUAUGAUGGAGGCAGGAGAGCGAGAGAAGGCGGUGGUGGAGUACUUGAGGAAAGCGUCGCCGCCACCGUUCCUGCUCAAGACCUACAUGCUGGUGGAGGAUCCGGAGACGGACGACGUCGUAUCGUGGAACGCCGAUGGCACGGCUUUCGUGGUGUGGCAGCCGGCGGAGUUUGCUAGGGAUUUGCUGCCUACCCUCUUCAAACACAGCAAUUUCUCCAGCUUUGUUAGGCAGCUCAACACUUAUGGUUUUCACAAAGUUGCAACCAACCGAUGGGAGUUCAGCAACGACAAGUUCCGGAAAGGUGAAAGGGACCAACUAUGCGAGAUCCGCCGGAGAAAGGCGUGGUACAACAAGCCACAGCAGAAUGUACAAGCAACAGAAGCACGGCCACAGUCGAAGGAUGAGGAGCAGCGAUCAUCAUCGACGUCAUCCUCGUCGGAAUUCACUACCCUCAUUGAUGAGAACAAAAGGCUUAAGCAAGAGAAUGGAGUCUUGAAUUCGGAGCUGGCCUUCAUGAAGAAGAAAUGCAAACAACUUCUUGAUUUGGUGGAGAACGCCGAGGCGGAGGGGGAGGCGGAGGAAGGGCCAAAGCUAUUCGGAGUGAGAUUGGGAGUGAAGAAGAGAAAGAGGGCUCAUGAAAUAAGUAAGGCUGCUGCUGGAAUGCUCAUUCAUGCAAAUAAUUGAUUUUUGUGUGCUAGGGUUUUCAACAAAAUUUAACUUUAAUUAGGCUCAUAUUUGGGUGGAAAAUCACCCAACUUGUGUAGAUUGUGUAAUUCAAAGAUACUGUGUGAGAAACAAGAACUGUAAAGGAUACAGUUCAUAAAUAGCUACAUUUGCCAAUGUGAUAUAUAUAAUGCUCAAAUUUGUUUGCAUAA